AUGGAUGAUAACGCGAGCCCGACUCCCGACCCCGAUGCCACAACGCGUCGCCGAUCGGGACGCGUCGUGAGAGCUCCCUCCAAAUUUACACCUGAACCUACAUCUCAAUCUACCAAUCCCAAGCGCAAGCGAGACGAACAAGAGGAGGAUGAACAAGACGUCGAGAAUGAAGCGCCCGAUUCAGACCAGGAGAUGAGCGACGAACCCGAUGACGAUAGUGACGAUGAUCAUCCCGCACCACGUUCCAGGAAGAAGGCGUCGCAAACAAGUCGCGCAAAGAAGCCUUCCGCCAAAAAGCCAAAGAUCAACGGUUCUAAGCCUUUGCGACCUGCGCGAAUUGCCCAUGGCGCCAAAAGUCUUCCGAGCAGACCUAAGAAGAGUGUUCGGAUUGAAGAUGCGGCCGUGAAGGGAACUGGGCUUUACGCCGAUUUAUUUGGAGCGGGUGAUUCUAGCAAAUCGGUGGCUGAGGCAUGGCUGGCCCAAUACGGAGAGGAUGGAGCAGCAGCCUUCACCGAUCUGGUGAAUUGCAUUUUGCAAUGCGCUGGCUGCGACCAACUCAUUACAGAAGAUGAUGUACGAGACACGGAGAACAUUGCUGGGAGACUGGCAGAUCUCCAAAGUGUCUACCAAGAGCAACAAAUCACCGACUACCCUCUCAUCUCCAGAACCAAACAAUCGCGAUCCUUCCGAGACCUGCUCAUUAGCUUCUUCGAAAACCUCAUCGUCAACAUGCAUCAAGGUGGACUCAUGUACCGAGACGAAUUUCUUGUCGACAACCUUCACGCAUGGCUUGCUAGCAUGUCUUCGUCGUCUCUCCGUCCAUUCCGUCAUACCGCAACCACCAUAUCCCUGGCAGUGCAGUCUGCACUGGUCAUGGUCGCCAAUCAUCUCGAUUAUCGAGUUGGACACUCUGCUGGAAAGGCGCGAAAUGGGAAGGGCAAAAACACCAAUGAAACGCAACGAGAUACGGAAAACAGCAAUAACCGUAAGGUUUGCAGCGAGGCGAUCCAGUCCUUUUUCGACACCGUCUUUGUUCACCGCUACCGGGAUGUCGACCCCAAGAUUAGAACCGAAUGUGUAGAAGCUCUUGGCAACUGGAUCAUUUCAUUGCCAGCCAUCUUUCUUGAGCCUGGCUACCUGCGCUACCUGGGCUGGAUGCUGUCGGAUACGAACGGGCCCACCCGGCUGGAAGUCUUGAAGCACCUUGCCAGAGUCUUUAGCAGGGAUGCGUCCCAGCUGGGACAUUUCAUUGACCGAUUUCGCCCCCGCUUGGUCGAGAUGGCCUGCAAGGAUUCUGAUGUGUCCGUUCGUGUUGCAGCAAUUAACGUUAUUGACGUUCUUCGAGACCAAGACCUGCUCGAGGGCGAAGAGAUUGAUGCCAUUGGCAAACUUAUCUUUGACAAUGAGCUCAGAAUCCGAAAAGCAGUUGUUGGCUUCUUUGUGGCCUGUACCAAAGACGCUAUUAGUGAAAAGGUGAAGGCCCUCGGUGACUCAGAUGUUAUGGAAGAUAUUCCUCGUGGGAAGCAAGCUUCUCUCGAUGCACCCCGCGCUGAGUGGGUUAACUUGAAAUGCCUGGCCGAAACACUUGCUGUUUAUGAUGCCCAGAUUGAAGAAGAGCACCAAAGUGGCCAGGUUCUGGGAUUGGAUGUUGCUGUGGACCUUUUGGAAUCGGCUGUUCCAGAGACCAGGAUCUCGCUGGCGUCCCAAGUUCUAUACGAUAAGGUUGACGCGAUCAAGCAGUGGACGCUUUUGUCUGGGUAUCUGCUAUUCGACCACACCACCAGCUCAAAAGCAAGGUCUAAGGGUAACAACCCAGAGCUCGCUUUUAAGAAGGCGGUGGCUCCCACACCUGCCGAAGAAUCGAUACUAUUGGAUGUGUUGAGCUCAGCAGUCAAGUCAAGUCUAACACAUUCGGCCGAGCACGACAGAUCAAGGAAGAAGCCACAUAUAUCUAAAGAUGCUGAGGAUGUGAGCAUAAGCCCUGAGGAUACUGCGGCUGAGUUAGUUAUUGUCAUUCCUCAGCUCUUGAGCAAAUUCGGAGCAGAGCCGGACACAGCUGCAAUUGCCCUUCGCUUGGCGCACUAUCUGAAUCUCGAGGUCUUUAAGCAGCUCCGACAAAAUUCAAACAAGUACGAAAAGCUGCUCGACGAGAUUAUCACUCAGUUCAACAGACACGACGAUAAGAGAGUUUUGUCCGAAGUGGCCGCAGCGCUGUUGCACUCACGACAGUAUGAGGAACUAGAGGAGCUCACAGACAGCAAAAUCUCAAACCUUUGGGAGACUGUCAUUACAGGUCUUCACAACUUUGAUAAGACAUAUGAGCUUUCGUCGAGAGGUAACUUGGAAGAAGCCCCCCUCAAAGAGCUGUCAACAGUCCUCCUUAAGAUCAGCAAGUUGGCGAGUAUUUCGGAUUGUAUCGAUGUUCUCGAGGCCGAGGACGAUUCUACAGAGUCGGCGACGCCAGCAAUUCAGAUACUAGUCAAUAUCGUGCAUCGUGGCAAGUAUGAACCUCUUGAUGACCAAGAUAUCGAUGACCUCGAGGAUGAGGUUGUCUCAUUCGCGAUCAAGACUUGCCAGUUCUACUUUAUGUGGAAGGCCCGGGCAUAUUCCAACCUCCUCUCAUCAGGUGGUAGCAUUGCGGAUGCUGAGCUUGACCGCCUGUCUGCACUUCGGGGAACUUUCCGCAGACAUCUCAUUGAAACACUCUCCUCUCGUGCUGCCAUUGAUCAAUUACGACUAUUUGCCACUGGUAGCCUAUGUGAUCUCCACCUCACCUUUGCAACUCUGCGACCAACGAUUGAGCGACUGCGACCCUCGUCAAGUUCUGAAUCGCAAUCCACAGAAAGUGAAAAGUACAAGGCAUUGGUCCAAGAGAUUGAGUCAGGCCUCGUUCCUGAGUUGAUUGCCAUCUUUGAUGGCGCCGAGAAACAAUAUGCCAAGAAGGUGAAGAAGGACAAGCUCUUGAAUGAACCAGCUGAGGAUGAGGAUCCUGUAGCCGAUGAAGAAGAGGAAGAGGACGAAGAUGAAGAUGAGAGUUUGUCGGAGGAAGAGCGUUUUGCCGCCGAACUCAAGGCUGAGAAGGCUCUCUGUGAACUCACAGCGAAAUACGUUCUCGUCAUUACCGCACGCCUUGUUGAUUAUAAGGGCUCACGCGCUGGCAAGCUAAGGCGACGUCUACUCCGCAACCAAAACAAACUCGGCCACAACUUCAAAGAAGUUGUCACCUACCUAGAUGAAGAGAAGCUUGCCGAGCGGACAAGAAAGAAAUCCGCCACCACACAGACUGCAACAACCGCGAAGCCCCAAAAGGUGCAGCUUAGCGAGGCCCUCGUCGUUGAGGAUGAUGAUAUCUUUGACGAUACACCACCCCCUGAAGAGGGUUCGCGAGAGGAUCUUCGUCAAAAGGGUCUUCUGGAGGACGACCCAAUCGAGGACGAUGACGAAAAUGAAGAUGAAGAAGCGGAACGACCAGCUAAUGAAUCAGAUGAUGAAGUUAUUGGAGAUUAG